AUGUCCGGACGAGAGACUCAAUUAAAACUCAAUCCCUUUGAGAGGAUGGAAACAAUUCAUCACCGCUUAUGUGCUGUACUUCCUCCAGCGAGCCCGGGCAUGUUGCGGAUGAUCAAAUUCCUUCACGGGAGCACACCGAUUGCGGAGAAAGCCAUCGUCGCGAUGUUACCAGAGCAGGUCGCCAUCAUUUGCACUGAAGAGCCCGAGUCAGAUGACGAGACUGAAGACGAGUCUCUAAGCCUCGACCUCUUUGGCUGA